UUUAGAGCCCCGGAAACAGCGAGAGAGCGACGAGGGCGUUAUCUAAACCUGAGCGUACGUCGGAAGCUAACUUUGACUCUUUCCGUUAAAAAGACACCGAUUAAAGAAGCUCCUGAGAGUGUUGGAUGUUUCUGUAAGGUGCUUUCUGUCUCCGAGGUCCAGCAGUGUAGUUGGUUGCCAUGGCGUCUCCAGGAGGACAAGGAGGAGGAGCUUUGUCAACAAGAGGAGGAAGCGGUGCCAGGAGGAUGAAAUGGGCUCUGGAGCUGAGCCUGGGCAACACCAGGAGCCGCGGUGACCGGCAGGGCGGUCAGGGAGAUGUGGUUUACCCCAUCGGCUACUCUGAGAAACCGGUCCCCGACACCAGCAUCCAGGAGACUGACAAGAACCUGGUGGAGAAGAGGUGCUGGGACGUGGCCCUUGGGCCCCUGAAGCAGAUCCCCAUGAACCUGUUCAUCAUGUACAUGUCGGGCAACACUAUCUCCAUCUUCCCCAUCAUGAUGGUGUGCAUGAUGGCCUGGAGGCCCAUCCAGGCGCUCAUGUCCAUGUCUGCCACCUUCAAGCUGCUGGAGAGCUCCAGCCAGCAGUGGCUCCAAGGCCUCGUCUACCUGAUCGGAAACCUCCUGGGCUCGGCGCUGGCCAUCUACAAGUGUCAGUCGAUGGGACUGCUCCCGACACACUCAUCCGAUUGGCUGGCGUUCAUAGAUCCGCCACAGAGGAUGGAGAUCAUGGGAGGAGGGAUGGUUUUGUGAAGAGGAACACGUGUGCAUGCAAAGGAUCGAUAUGUUGACCUUCAGAGGUUAGAUACUGUAAAUACUCCACCUGAGCCGCACCACCGAGGCCGCCCGGCAAAGCUGACAUGGAAGAAAAUCCAGCUGGCUUUUUUUCCCGUCCUCAACAGAUCCAGGCUCGACCGCAGCAGUUAAAAUGGCACCGCCAGGGUUUCAUCUCACACACACAUACACUAUUUGCCUUUUAUCAGAGAAACGUUACUUCCGCCAGCUGCUCUGCUUACAUUUGCCGUCACCUCUGACGUUCUUCUUUUCUUAAAGCCAGCUGAUCAUCAUAUGUACUGCUGUUCAACUACUGUAAUUUCACUUCCACGUGAUACAUACUUCACAUGCUAAAAAUACGA